UCGAUAGUUAACUAAGAUAGGGCUGCUGAGUCAGCGAGUUGCCGGGGCCACGCGGGCGCCCAAACAAACCGGCGUCAUCCCCAGCCUCUCCAUUUACUCCAACCACCGCAUUUUCGCUGGGUGCUCGCCCAUUCUGCUCGUUGAGUGUCUUCACUUGCCCUUCUCCAUCUAUUGGAGCUGGUUCACCAUCUCCAUUGCAUGGACUAACUAGUCACCCCAGCAUUGCACCCCAGAUCCACAUUCCAACCAUCCCGACUAGUAUCCGAAUCGAUCGCAAUCGAACUACUAUCGAGAUAAGCCCAUCCGAUACUCCGUCCUGACAGCUACCUCAAGAGUCCCGUCUCGAGCGUCCAGCUCUUGACGCCUCUCCAACCCAAUCACCAUGCCCCCCGUCCACCCCGACAACAUUCUCCCCAACACCCUAACAACCACCACCACCGCCCCCCUCAAAAAUGCCUACCACCACCUCAUCUCCCGAUCAAGCCAAACCUACGCCGCCGGCUCCGGCACCGUCGCCCCCACCAGCAUCAACAUGAAAGGUCUGAUGGCCCUGUUCGCCAUCAUCGGCGCGGCCUUCGUCCUCGCCGCCAUCUGGUUCUUCUUCUGGGCCAAAAACGGCGGUUUCAUCUGGCGCAAAGGCGAUUGGGAAGAAUACAAAUCCACCGUUCUCCGCCGCAAAGGUCCCGACGGCCGCACCCUCAGUAACGCAACCAAAAGCACCAAACUCGGCGGCGGAAGCGUCUACCAUAAAGGCUACACCGACGACGGUUACACCUACGCUGAUACCGCCACAAAUCUCACCGAGAAAACAGGCAUGACGGGCGCCACGGCCGAUCCGGAACGGAAACGUCGUCGCAAGUUACGCGAGAAGUUCCGUCGUCGGCGCAAGAACGAUGAAAUGACAGUCAAUUGGGAGAAUGAAGUCGACGAGGACGUGGCCGCGUACCGCAAGGAGAAAGCCGCGCGUGUCGGGGGCAUUAAUCGCGAAGGCGAAGGAACUUACUACGGAAGCGACUAUGACCUCUCCAAUCCAGCUAGCCACUACAACCAAAGCGAAAUCACAGGCAGUCAGGUCCGCGACUACGCCUACGACCCUGCCCCUCCUACAAAAUCCCCAUCCCGCAAACAAAGUAAACGCCGCGACUUCUCCUUCGUCCCUGGCAGCGAAGAAGUCCUCAGCCAAGCGCCCACCCACGAUCACCGAACCCGCGAAUCCUCAACCAGGCGCCACAAUCGCCGUCGCGAACGGAGACGAAACCCCCCGCCGACGGAAUCGUCAGGAUCCCGAACGAGCAGUCCCCGCAAGCGCGAGAGACCGGUCGUCAAGGGCCAUUACACGGAAGCAUUGGAUUUCUCGUCUUCGGCGCCGUCGAGAUCGGAAUAUCAGUAUUCGAAUGUUGAUACUGAGGAGUCUGGCACGAAGAGUUAUCAUCAUCCGAUUCCGGGGUUGAGUAAGGGGUAUCGGAGGGAGGGAGGGCGAGGGCGUCGGAGGGAUAGUUUGAGUGAGAGUGAUUAGAUCAAGGAAUUAGCUUGACAUGGGAUUUAGGAUUGUGAUAUGCGCGGCCAUUGUACAUAAUGAUUUUGGGUCUUUUUUUAUGUCUCUACGUUGAACGACACAUGAUAUGAUAUGCGACGAUGGGAAUGGGUUGAUCAUGUCGGGAUGGAUACCUUAGAUUGAACGAUAGCGCUGGUUUUAUUACAUUGCUGUUUCGUUUCUCUGUUGUUAUAUCAUGGCUGUCGAAACGAUAUUAUGAACUACAUUGUCUAUGAUUAACAGAUUGUCUGCC